AUGGCAUCUUUGGAGACUUCAUCAAAAGCUUCGUCUAAAGCUUCUUAUAAAUCUCCGUCUAAAUCUCGUAUCAAAAUUUUUCCCAAAGAGUCUCACAAAAGGUCGCCGAGGUCAUCAGAAGGUCUACAAAUUGCAGAACCUGAGCCAUAUCCUGAAGCUGUCAAUCGAUACUCCCCGAAUCGGGAUACCAAACUGCCACAGCUACACGACCAGACAAGUCCUGAUGAAGCAUCAAUACGCACCCGGCCAUCUCAAGAGCGCGUAUCCUUCCGUCCCGGACCGUACAGUGAUCAAUCUGGAUAUGGACCUACUAUCGAAGUUCCGUCAGAUAUGAUGAAGAAGUUCUUUGCUCACCGCCGGCGCAAAUUCUGUUUCAUUGUCAUCUUCACACUGUUUAUAGUCGGCACGCUCAUUGGCUCCAGUAUAGGAGGUGCACUAUAUGUGCAAGACAAAGCCGAACAAUCCGCCUCUGAAAGCGAAGCUACCAAUAAUCCAGUAGAUGAAGAUUCAACAUCAAGCUCCACAUCCGCACCAGCGGAACCUUCCACUCAAACCCAACCCUCAAGUGCAGUAUAUACAGCGCGCCCAUUCGGCACCAUCCAAUCAAUCAACACAACAUGUCCAUCUACUCUCCUCAUAUCCAGUCAACUCGAAGGCAAGACUUCGGAAAUCAGUGGCCGCUACACCUACAGCUGCCUCGACGAUACAAACAUCCUCGACGAACCCAAUCUCAUGGCCUUUACAGCGUAUACACUUGAACAAUGCGUCGAUGCCUGUAGCCAAUACAGUGCUAUAAGCUACAGAAAUGAAACGUGCAAGGCGGUUGUGAUCAGUUCGCAGUUUCGCGAAAAGUACGAAACAGGAUAUGGGGCGAAUUGCUGGUUGAAGGGUUCGGCGGACAAUGGUAGUACGGGGAAAUCGGGAUACACGGCGGCAGUCUUACGUGAGGGGUGA